CCAUUAAUUUUUUUUCCUUAUUCUCUUAAUAAAUUCCCUCAUUGUUUUAGUGGCUUUUUAAUUUUUUUUUUCUAUUGAGACUAGGUUAACUAAAAUCAUUUGACAUGGAAAAGAAGGAGGUAAGGUUAAAAGGGACCUAAUUAGCAAGUUAAUUAUAGCAGGCAAGAAAGUGCAUUAGUUAUAUAAAUAAGCCAUUGUAUGCACAUGCAAGUUGGUCCUUGUCUAGGGACUUGUUUAGAGGUCAGAGGAUCCAUGUAAUUAGGUGUUCAGUAAAAAAUAAUAAUAAAAGCAAAACAGCUACCAAAAUUAGGAAUGGUUGAUGAGCCACUAAUGGAACUGCCUUAUUAAAUUAGGACUCUGCUACUGAAGGAGUUGUUGGAGCUGCUUCAGAGAUUUUAAGGAAGGAUAGCCCCUUUCAAAAAGGAAAAAAAAAAGGAAGGAAGGAAGGAAGAAAGGAAAGAAAGGAAGGAAGGAAGGAAGGAAGGAAGAAAGAAAGAAAGAAAGAGAAAGAAAGAAAGAAAGAAAGAAAGAAAGAAAGAAAGAAAGAAAGAAAGAAAGAAAGAAAGAAAGAAAGAAAGAAGGAGAAAAAAGCUAGCUGGAACUAGAGCCAACAGAACUGCUGAUGAGGAAAGUUUAAAGGCCUGGCCACAAGGGUCCCUGGACCAAAGAGGUGGCAGUAGGGCCGGUAAUGUCACUAUGCUGAACAGCAAGAAGAAAUACAUUGUCAGUGGCAACUCUGGGAUUAAAGCCCAGCAGAUCCAGUUUGCUGACCAGAAGCAAGAAUUCAACAAACGUCCCACUAAAAUUGGACGUCGCUCUCUGUCUCGUUCCAUUUCUCAGUCAUCUACUGACAGCUACAGCUCAGCGGCCUCAUACACAGAUAGCUCCGAUGAUGAGACAUCCCCCAGGGACAAGCAGCAGAAGAAUUCAAAGGGAAGCAGUGACUUCUGUGUCAAGAAUAUCAAGCAGGCGGAGUUCGGACGAAGAGAAAUUGAAAUUGCUGAGCAGGAAAUGCCUGCACUGAUGGCUUUGAGGAAGAGAGCUCAAGGAGAAAAGCCUUUGGCUGGAGCCAAAAUUGUGGGUUGUACACACAUCACUGCUCAGACUGCUGUGCUUAUGGAAACUCUGGGUGCUCUGGGGGCACAGUGUCGAUGGGCAGCCUGCAAUAUCUACUCCACUCUCAAUGAAGUAGCUGCUGCUUUAGCAGAAAGUGGAUUUCCUGUCUUUGCCUGGAAAGGAGAGUCAGAAGAUGACUUUUGGUGGUGCAUUGAUAGAUGUGUGAAUGUGGAAGGCUGGCAACCAAACAUGAUCUUGGAUGAUGGAGGGGAUCUUACUCACUGGAUUUAUAAAAAGUAUCCAAACAUGUUUAAGAAAAUCAAAGGCAUAGUGGAAGAGAGUGUUACUGGAGUCCACAGACUGUACCAACUGUCCAAAGCUGGGAAGCUCUGUGUUCCAGCCAUGAAUGUCAAUGACUCAGUCACCAAACAGAAAUUUGACAACCUUUACUGUUGCCGAGAAUCGAUUCUUGAUGGGCUUAAAAGGACAACAGACAUGAUGUUUGGUGGAAAGCAAGUGGUGGUCUGUGGCUAUGGUGAGGUGGGGAAAGGGUGCUGUGCUGCUCUGAAAGCCAUGGGCUCCAUUGUGUAUGUAACUGAAAUUGACCCCAUCUGUGCCCUGCAAGCCUGUAUGGAUGGAUUUCGACUGGUGAAAUUAAAUGAGGUCAUCCGACAAGUGGACAUUGUUAUUACCUGUACAGGUAACAAGAAUGUGGUAACCAGAGAGCACUUGGACCGUAUGAAGAAUAGCUGCAUUGUAUGCAACAUGGGGCAUUCCAAUACGGAGAUUGAUGUGGCAAGUCUACGGACACCAGAGCUGACUUGGGAGCGAGUGAGAUCCCAAGUUGACCAUGUGAUAUGGCCUGACGGCAAGAGAAUAAUCCUACUGGCUGAGGGCCGUUUGCUGAACCUAAGCUGCUCCACAGUGCCUACAUUUGUGCUCUCAAUCACUGCAACUACUCAGGCUCUCGCCUUGAUAGAGCUUUACAAUGCUCCUGAGGGUCGAUACAAGCAGGAUGUGUACCUGUUACCCAAGAAAAUGGAUGAGUAUGUGGCAAGUCUACACCUGCCUACCUUCGAUGCCCACCUGACAGAGCUGACAGAUGAACAGGCCAAGUAUCUGGGACUCAACAAGAAUGGGCCCUUCAAGCCUAAUUACUACAGGUAUUAAGUUCCUGUAACUCAAGCCAGAAGUUUUAAGGAAUAGAGUUCCAAGCCUUUUCUCCAUUACUAUCCAAGAAGAACCCAGCAAGCUGCUUCUCUGAUCAGAGCUGCCCGCCGUGCUCACCCUGUGUGUUAGGUUAUUUAUUUAUUAAAAUCUAGAUUCCUGUGCCUGUAGCCUUGGCCCAGAGUGUGGUUACUGCUCCAAGGGCCAUGAGAGCCACAGAGGACAGACUGAGGAAAGAAAAACAAUGGGGUAACCUUUCCUAAUACAUCCUUCACAUCACCCCCCACCCCACUGAAUCCUCAGCAGUGGCCAUUUUUCUCUUGUGCUGGCUCAGGAUUUAGCCCAGGGAUUCCAGACUCCUCCUUCUCUGGGGUUUUCUGGAAUAAAUUUUCAGCAGCUGCCUUUCUCAGCUUUUGCCAUUCCCCAGAUGAGGCCUUUUGGAAGCCACCAAAUUCACAUGGCUAGUUUCCCAGCCUUGACCAUCACUAUCACUGCUUUUUUUUUUUUUUUUUUUUUUUUUUUAAAUAAAAAAGGCUUGUAAGGAAGGAGUGCUAAGGCGUUGGCAAGCUGCACCAGAAACUCAGCUAAGCCUGUGCGUGUGCCUGCUGAGGUCUCCUCCUUCACCCCCAACGCUAUCUUCUUGGAUAUUUUCAUGCUUUCUGGUUCUGAGACAGAUGUUCCUUCAUGAUUGCCUCAACAGCUCUGGUGUCUGUCAGCCAUAUGGUUUGCCAUCUUUCUAACCCCACCAAAUCCUGCUCAGGAAGUGGGAACCAGCUCCACUGGAACCCAGUUUUGCUUCCCUGUCAUUUAAUGGAGUUUCCCAGGAAGCCCCCUCUGUCCCCUCCAGAUUGAUGCUGUCUCAGAAAAGGAGGGCUUGUUGUAGAAUACUGCUUCCUGAAAUUUCCUGUUACUGCCUAAAACUAUUUCUCAAACUGAAAGGGAAAGGCAUACUUUCCCAAGGACUUGGAAAUGGGACAGCCCUUUCAGGCCGACAGCUUGACACUCUAAAGAAGCAGAUAUGUUUUUCUCUGGAAAGACUUUGCAGCUUGACUGGCUGACAGAUAAAGAGAUGACACUAUAAGCUCUGCAGAUGAUCAAAGCUAGUUUGGCUAGUUUGAACCUCUCAGACAUUCACCCUUCUGACCAUUGUCAUUGAUGGCAAGCUGAUCUGUUUUCUCUGCAGGUAUCUUUAUGAUCUGACCUCUUAUUUCAGGUUUUGGUUUCAGAGAUAGUUUCUUGAGUAAUUACAGAAUUAUAAAAAAAUUUUAAUAAUAUGAGCAGCCUGAGAUUUUAUAUUCCAUGUAAGAGUUGAAUUCCUUUCAGAGACUCAGUUGCUGAGGGAACCAGAAAGUUUAGGUUGACUAUAGGAAUCUUGAAAUGAGUCUCUCUUCCUGCAGCCAACUAUAUUUAACACUCUCAUGUUAGUUUGCCCUUUUUUUUUUCUUAUGCUGGUCUGCUUCAAAGUCUCAGGACUAAAGUGAUUCAUGGAAACACCAUACCACCCAGAAUCACUAUAACCUUCCUAUCCUGAUCCUUCUCCCCUACCUCUGUCCUCACCAACUUCUUGGGUCUUAACAUUCACCCUUGGAGUAGUCUGGAAGUGCCCUUACUUUUGAAGAUAGGGAGGUAGAGCUUGGGUAAAUGGCUGUUUAUCUCAUGAAAUAGUAUACAAGCUCACCCAUAGUUCUUCAGAGGUCUCAGCAGUACCACAUACAUAGCUACAUUCUUUUUUAUAAGGAAGACAAUAAAUGCUAACAAUUCCACUAGUCUUCUCAAUUCUAUUGCCUCUCCAGUUCUGAGUUUUAUAUUAAUUGAAUCUCUUUAGCAAGAUUCAGGUCUCUGCACCUUAUCUCAUGUUCAACGCUGAUUCCAUUAGGCAAGUAUCUGGAUUCUAGCCUAUUAUGUUCUUAGACCAAAAAUCAAUCUGCUGUUUCUCAGCAAAGCCUUGGUCUCUAAAGAACUUACUAUAUUUUGCCUCACUAUUAUGAAGAAACUCACUUCAAAUAGUAAAAGAACCACAAGGGCUUCUAAGUUAGCUGCCAGUGUUGCUGCCCAUGGUGAAGUAUUUGCCUCUGAGCUUCAGAUGAUCUCUCUCUCCCUGUCCCUCCUUCCUCUUUCCCUUUCCUCCUCCCUUUCUCCCUCUGUCAUCAACCAUUAAGAAGGAAAAACCCUAGGCCUCCUGUCUGGGUUAAUCUUAGUGUUGGAUCUGAUUAUUAUUCUCACUGCCUUUGGAAUCAGAGCAAAUAUGUCUUUUUUUCCUCCAGCCGCUCACCUUAGAUGCAUCUUAGCUAAUAGGGGGCACGAGGAAGAAGGCUGUGUGUGGUCCUGGCCUGUGGGAAUACAUACCAUUUUAUUUACAAUGAAUUUGUGCUAGUUUCAAGGUCUUUUUGCCUUCUUAAUGGGAAUAUUCAGUUUCCUUUUUCUCAUUUAGAAAAAAAGACUUCUACCUUUCCUGUGCCCUUCUCCCUCCCAACCUACUUCCAAUCUGAGCACGGCUCCCCAUGGCCAAAACUCCUGCAAAGCUUUUUUGCUGCUUGGCUUUUCUUUGAACAGAUCUAAAAUUGCUGCUCCUGUGGUUUUCUCAAAAUUAACUUAGUCAUGGUUUAAAAAAUAAAUUAAAUAAAAAUGCAUUGUUGCAUUAAGCUUUUUUAAUAAAGAAAAAUUAUGAAAAUAAAAUAGGCAACACCAGCAAAUUAUAUGUGGAGUCCUAAGCUAUAUAUACUUAUAUAUAAAUAUAUAUAAAACUAAUCAUCUAGUUCUCAUUGUCAUCUUACUGAAAGGAAAGAAACCUCUAAGGAUCGCUAUUUCUGAGCUCUUGGACAUCUUUGUCUAAAUGAUUGUAUUUGAUCAGCAAUAAUGACUAUGUAAUCUCAAAAGACAAAUAAAAUAUUCUUAAAAUGA